GUGUAGGGUCGUUGCGGCCCAAACAGUAUUGAUGUUCUUAAGUACGUCAUCAAUAGGUGCUCGAACAAGCGCGCUUGGAACUUCUUCGCGCUUAGUGUGGACUUCUGCGCGUCCUAGGGUUGUGAAGACUGCCGAUUACUGCAAAAAUCUUGUUCAGAGGCUUGACAGAGAUGCUUUUCUGACAUCAUAUUUUUAUCCUCCAAGCAUUCGACCAUCUUUCUUCGCUAUUCGGGCGUUCAAUAUAGAAACGGCGACAGUGAAGGAUCAGGUUUCCAACUCUGCGCUCGGACGUAUACGUAUGCAAUGGUGGAGAGACACGGUGAACACCUUGUAUAGGGAGCCCUCGCCCAUUCAACACCCUGUAGCACUUGCGCUUCACGACGCCGUGCGAAAAGCUAAUAUCCCGGAAUAUCACUUGAAUCGCAUCAUUGACGCUAGGGAUCAAGACUUCGAUAAUGCACAUCAUAUGACAAUGGAGUCUCUUCGCGCCUACUCCGAAUCUACGUCGUCCACCAUAUUAUAUAUCCUUAUUCCAUUGCUUGUUCAUCCUCAGGGACCUGGCGCCUCCCGACUUUCCGAUUUCUCACAUGCAGCAUCUCAUCUGGGAUUUGCACAGACUAUCAUCACUCUCAUUCGUUCCCUUCCUUAUCAUGCUUCGAAGCGAUAUAUGCCAAUACCUACUGAGGUCACUGCAAAGCACAGUGUUUCUCAUGAAGAUGUCUUUCGCUAUGGAGGCAGCGCGAAGGGCGUCAGUGAUGCAGUGUACGAGUUUGCUUGCGUUGCGAAAGAAGGACUCGAUGUAGCACGAUCCAUCUUCGCCGAAGGUACCUUUAAGGGGGAUGGACUCUCGAUCGUCAAGGUACCACCCGAGGUUUUACCCAUCUUCCUCUCUGGAGUACCCAUCGCCUCAUAUCUGAGCAGAUUGGAAAGCGUUGACUUCAAUGCUUUCCAUACUUCAUUACAAUUUUCAGAUUGGAAACUGCCUUUCCAAGUCUGGCGGAAUCGUCGAUGGCGUCGGUUCUAGGUUGCAAGAGGCCACCGCUAGGUCAAAGUGCUUCGAAAAAAAGUAUCGCAUUCGUUGUGUCAUGCUUAUGUAAUUCCUUGCUGUCGCUUCUAUAUAUGUAAUUCCGAAAUAUGUGACCAGAGGAAGGUGGACCAGGCUACAAUUGUUAUGAGGGUUCCCCUCAAACUGGAUGGCCGAGCUUGCAGCGCCUUCGGUGCUGCACUGCGAGCUUGGCCAUCCAGUUUGGGAGGAACCCUCUAACAUUCCAAAUUAAAUAUGCCAUCUUCAUUUGUAUGCAGAGUGUU